AAGGCAGUCAGCCUCUGGGCUCAGUCCAAGGCCCUGGAGGGCAGCUGGCAUUUGAUGAUCACAGGGAGAGAACCCAGGCAGGCAGGACCAUGUGGCUGUUCCCGGCUCUGCUCCUUCUCAUCAUCCCAGGCUGUUUCUCCAUCCAUGGUCCGGGGGCAGUGAGCGGCCCCGAAGGGGGUUCGGUGACCAUUGAGUGUCACUACAAUUCAGGGUGGGAGACCUACAAGAAGUGGUGGGGCCGUGGAAACGCCUGGCAUUCCUGCCGAAUCCUUGUUAAAACCACUGGGUCAAAGCAAGAGGUGAAGAAGGACCGAGUGUCCAUCAAGGAUGAUCACGGAUGCCGCACGUUCGCUGUGACCAUGGAAAAGCUCAGGAGUGACGACGAAGACACCUACUGGUGUGGGAUUGAGAGAUACGGAAUUGACCAGGGGGUCCAAGUAAAAGUUACCGUUGGUCCAGCAGCAUAUACAACAACCCCACCCACACUGCUGAUAACAAACACGACUGAAUCUAUGACGACAGACCAGUCUGAACCUAUGACACCGGCCAGU